AGGGAGAGUGUGUGAGAGGCUGAGAGCUCAAAUUUCUCCGGAGAAAGCUAAAUUGUAAAGGGAAAAAAAUAAAAAAUGCGUUCGAUCACUUUUUCUCUUAUUCGCAGAAACCUUCGAAGCUAUGGUGCUUCUCGUCUUACAUCCAAACAACAACCAUCUCUCCUAUACUCCUCUGAGGCAUCUCCUUUGUCUUUGUCUUCGUCUUCGUUGCAGAAGAAACGCUUUCAAGACCCUUCAAGAACUCCUCUCUUCCUCCAAUUUCGCUUUGCCUCCAGUUCCACUGCUGCUAAGAAGGUCGGGGCUGACGAAAAACUGAAGCGGGUCCUGGAAUCGGAAAUCGAAUGCGCUGAUGAAACAGACGAUCUUCCCCCGGGAGGUUUUCUGCCCGAUGGUUUUCCAUUUGAGAUCAUUGACAAUCCUGGUGAACAGACGGUCAUCUUAAAGAGACAAUUUGCUGGUGAUAACAUUGAAGUUGAGGUCCACAUGCCAGACAUGACUGGGGAAGAUGAAGAAGAUGAGGAUGAUGAUGACGAUGAUAAGGAUGAUGAUGAUGAGGCUUCUGCUCAAACUUACAUUUCUCUGAUCGUCAACAUUUCCAAAGGGGAAGGACCACGUCUUGAAUUCUGUUGCUCUGCCUCUCCUGAUGAAAUUACCAUUGAUAGCAUGCUGAUGAAGAGUCCUGAUGUUUCAUCCAAUGAGAUAGCUUAUGAGGGGCCAGAAUUUUCUGAUUUGGAUGAGAAUCUGCAGAAAGAAUUUUACAAGUACCUAGAAGACAGAGGGAUUAAGAGCUCCUUGACAAACUUUUUGCAAGAAUAUAUGACCCGCAAGGAAAACAGAGAAUACGUGGGAUGGUUGAAGAACAUGAAAGAUUUCAUUGAGAAGUGAGUCCACUAGGUUUUCACUUUAUUUGAACAUGCAGGGAAGAGUUCUAAGAUAAGAGGUAUGUGUCUCAUUUGUUGUUUGUCUUAUACAUCUAGGUAAAAGAAACUUAUUGAUGAAAUGGAGCUGUCAAGGGUGAUCAAAUGAAUGAUCUUUUAUUAUUUGUAAUUUCAUUACAGAUCCAACAGUGAAAUUUAAAUUUUGAUUUUCAUUAUAGGUUGGAUUGAAGAUUGAUA